AUGGCUUCUGGUGCGAAAGAGGCUGGCGAUGUUAUAACUACUAUUCGAGACAGCAGUAAUUAUAAGCCGCCAUACAAAAAUCCUUAUCCUUAUGAUGAUUUGGAAGUUAAGGAAGAGGAAAUUGCUAUUCCUGAUUGA